AUUUUAAAUAUUUAUUUAUUUUAAACAACGUAAAUAAAUAACCAAUUUUGUGUUUCAACGGUCACUUCUUCUUUUUUUUCUUUUUUUCUUUUUCUUCUUCUUCUUCGUCUUCUUCUCUCGUCGCACAUUCUUCACAAUGCUAGAUACUUUUCUCUUCAAAUCCGAAUCCCUUUUCUCUAAAAGCUCUCUUCUCUUUAGCCGGUCUCGGAGAACUACAAUCACUUACCCUCAGUAUGUCAAUUUCUUAUCACAAUGUCAUCUAUUUCACUCUUCAUGUUUACUAUCGUAUCAAACCCAAAUCCAAAAACCAAUUGUUUGUGCAAGAAAGAAGAAAAGAGGUUCACGGCCUCGAAAAUUCAUGAAAGUUUUGCCCGCAUUAGUAUCAUUUGUGGCAUCAAAUUUCAAGAUCUUACCGGGACCAUUGGAUUUGGUUGUUGCGGAAAUUGGUGGUGGAGAUGGAGGAGGUUUGGGGAUUUGGAAGGUUUUGGGGAAUGGAGGUUCUGGUGGGUGGAGGAGAAAGGGGAAGACAAAUUUAGGGAUUUUAGGGGCUUUGGUUGUUUGUGGAUUGGGGUUGUUGUUUGGAAAAGAGCUAAAGAAUGAUUUGUUGUCCGGGGUUUUUGAAUUGGUUUUACUAGUGACCUUUUUUAUUAAGGGACAUAGGAGACAAGUUAAAUAUUGGGUCUUGGGACUCUGCUUUAUUGGUGUUUUGAUGGGUCUGAGAUUGAGGAGAGAGGAUACGCAACAAUGGGUUCAGAAGAUUAGGGUUUGCUUGCCAGCUUCAGGGCUUCUGAUGACAAAAAGAAGAAAUGGCAGAAGGGUAGCGUGAGAAAAACUGGAAAGCUUUUCUUUCUUUCUUUCCUUCCUUCUUCUAACAAUUUUGUAUUUUUCAUUUAGCAUGAUAUUCUAUAUGCCUUUUUUAUAUCAACGGAGGAUGGGAAAGGAUUUGAAUUUAUUUAUUUGUUCUGCC